GCCGCACUGAGACUGUUUACUUCCGUCAAUAUUAAAAGGGAAGAGAGAAGAGAUUUCAACAAACACAAAGCCAGAGGAACCGCGAUGCCAUUCUUGGGCCAAGACUGGAGAUCUCCAGGCUGGAGUUGGAUCAAAACUGAUGAUGGAUGGAAACCCUUUGAGUUUUUUGGGGCUAACAGUAAAAACCUGCAGCUGGACCAACCUGACAAUGAGAACAAAGAGAACCUAUACAUGGAAAACAUGCAUGAAGUUGCUGCCAAGAAAAGAAAAAAGGACAACGCCAACAACAACACAAAAUCACAGUUUCUGUACAAGGAGCGGUGGAUCUACGUUCAGAAAGAGAGCACACGAGAGAGACAUGGCUACUGUACGCUGGGGGAAGCUUUUAACAGGCUGGACUUUUCCAGCGCCAUCCAGGACUUGCGCAGAUUCAGCUACGUGGUCAAACUGCUGCAUUUGAUCGCCAAGUCACAGCUGACGUCUCUGAGCGGAGCUGCUCAGAAAAACUACUUCAACGUCCUGGAGAAGAUCGUGAGAAAGGCUCUGGAUGAUCAGCAGAACCCGCGGUUAAUCAAAGCCUUGCUGCAGGACCUCAGCUCAGUCCUUGGGACACUCAUCCGUGAAGUAGGCAAGUCUGUACUCGUGGGCAACAUCAACAUCUGGCUCUGUCGCCUGGAAACCAUUCAGAACUGGCAACAGCAGCUCAACAAUCUCCAGAUCCCAAAGCAGGUCUCCAACGGCAUGACACUCAGUGACCUUCCAAUACUCAUGCAGAACAACAUCCUGUACAAAUUCAGCGAUGCCUGCGACAUCAUCAACCUGGGACAGGCCACGCCCACACUGCACGUGCUCAGCGAGGACCGGCAGCUGUGGAAGAAGCUGUGCCAGUUCCACUUCGCUGAGAAACAGUUCUGCAGGCACUUGAUUCUGUCUGAGAAAGGCCACGUGGACUGGAAGCUGAUGUUCUUCACGCUGCAGAAGUACUACCCAAAGAAGGAGCAAUUCGGCGACACACUCCACUUCUGCAGACACUGUAGCAUCCUCUUCUGGAAGGACCGACACGUGGCUUUGCUUUUAAAGGACUCGGGACACCCCUGCACUGCCAACGACCCUGACAGCUGCCUCACCCCCGUCUCACCCCAGAACUUCAUAGAUCUCUUUAAGUUUUGAAAUCCAACUAAAGAACUAAAUCUAUAUUAAACACCUGGGCCCGUA